AUGGCCAAGGUCGCUCUGAUCACCGGUGGCACUAGUGGAAUCGGCCUUGCAGUUGCCAAUGACCUGAUCCAGACCGGCAGCUGGCAGGUUAACAUUAUCGGCAGCAACAAAGAGCGCGGCCAAGACGCAGCAGCUUCCCUCCCCAAUGCCACAUUUUACCAAGCCGACGUACGAAAUUACCAACAACUAGCCGGUGUAUUUGACCAGAUUUUCAAUGCGACUGGUCGAAUAGAUUUUGUCUUCGCGAACGCCGGAAGAGCAGAAUAUACCGAUUUCUUCGCCAAGUCUGAGGCCGGCAUCCCGCCCGAACCGAGUUCCGAAAUUGUUGAUAUCAACUUGAAUGGCGUUCUAUAUACCAGUUACCUUGCGAUGCACUAUUUCCGUCACUCUCCGGAGUCAACGAAAGGGCAUAGGAACUUAAUACUCACGUCGAGUAUCGGGGGUCUAUACCCCUGUAUGCUAACCCCGAUGUAUUCUAGCACUAAACAUGCGCUUGUUGGAUUCACGCGCUCUGUCGGAGAGAGACUCUGGGAAGAGGGAGUCCGGGUUAACGCUCUAUGCCCUGGGGUCGUGGAAACGCCCUUACUUGCUGACGAAACGUUUUGCGCGAUCUUUCCACGGGAAUUAUUUGUUCCUAUGGACGUUGUAACUGGUGUAGUUUCACAAUUACUGUCUGGGGUGGAUAUGGUGGAUGCCAAAGGGAUGCGUGUCGCUGGUGAUGAGAUACAUUCCCGGGCUGUUCACGUUUCAGGAAAAAGCUUCCUUUUCAUUGAAAAGCCCGAGAUUCAUGACGAGCAGACUCGGAUGACAUGGGCUGCAAUGAUGGGGCAUAAAUAG